AUGUCAGUGAUAGAUGGCCAGUGCAAGUAUGGGAACUCGUUCCUCAUACCCAACGAAAACGCUGUCAAUCCAUGUUACUUGGAGCUUUUUAUAUUGUUCACAGGUAUAAUUUUACUUCCUUUUGGGCUCUUUCAACUAUGGAGUUUAAUAAGAAAGGAAAGUUACGGGAAAAUAAGGUAUAACAAGAUUGGAGCAGUUGGUUUACUCAGAAUUAUUGGUGUUACCGCUCAAGGUAUUCUCUUUGCGCAAUCAAAGCAGCUGAUAUAUACCUCAAACUCCAUCCUAAUUUUUUUGAUAGCUUUGCCGUUGACAUACAUUGAAUUAUUCAAGAGUCCAAUAUCGACAGGUUCAUUAAUAUUUUACUGGGCGUUUCAAGGAUUAUCAUUGUUAAUCGCUGCAAUUCAAUCAAAAUUUUCAGAAUUUAAGAUCUCUGGUGAUUAUGUUGUCUUAUAUAUUGGAUUAGCAAAUUCUAUUCACUUAUUUUUAUCAUCUGCAUUAUUUUACAAGCCAGUCCACGAAGUUUUAAAGGCAUAUAUGGAUACAGAUGUUGUACAAGCAAAUAUUUUAUCAAGGAUGACCUUCUACUGGAUGAAUCCGUUGAUUGCUAAAGGUUAUAGAAAUGAAACAAUCACUGACGCUGAUUUACCAAACCCUCCUGCGCAAUUAGAUCCAAAGUAUAGAUAUGAAAGAUUGAAAGAAGUUUGGGAAUCACAAAAGAGUGAUUCUUUGCUUUUGGCAUUGAUGAAAGUCUCUGGAUUGCAAGUUCUUGCUGCUAUUUCAUAUGAAUGUGUCAAUGAUGUCUUAUCACUUGCUGAACCACAAUUGUUAAGAAUUUUAAUCAAAUUUUUCGAUGAAGAAAAACCUUAUAUCUAUGGAUUUUUGGUUGCCUUUGGGUUGUUUGCUUCAUCAAUCACAGAAACUGCAUUAACAAACAAGUUUUUCAUUUCAAUCUAUGAAGUUGAUUUAGGUACAAAAUCUUCGUUAAUGACUUUGAUUUAUCAUAAAGCUUUAAAGUUGUCACCAGAAUCAAAGAAAAAUCGCACAACAGGUGAUAUUAUCAACCAUAUGUCUGUUGAUGUCAGUAGAAUUCAAGAUCUUUCAUCAUAUUUCCAAAUGAUUGUUGGUACUCCUGUAAAAUUAGUCUUAGUUUUGGCUUCUUUAUAUCAAAUUUUGGGUGUUUCCACUAUAGCAGGUAUUAUUACAAUGGCAAUUAUGAUUCCAAUCAAUACUUCAGUUUCAAAGAGGUUAAAGAAAUUACACAAGACACAAAUGAAAUAUAAAGAUGAUAGGACUCGUGUCACUUCAGAAUUAUUGACAAGUAUCAAAAGUAUCAAAUUGUAUGCUAUUGAAGAGGCCAUUUUAGAAAAAUUAGAUUAUGUGAGAAAUGUUUUGGAAUUAGGAAAUCUGAAAAAAAUUAGUAUCUUCCAAGCAUUCAUGACUUUUUCAUGGAAUUGUGUCCCAUUUUUUGUUAGUUGCUCAUCUUUCACCAUGUUUGCAUUGAUUGAGGACAAACCAUUAUCUCCAGAUAUUGUUUUCCCAUCUUUGGCUUUAUUCAAUUUAUUAUCUGAACCAAUUUAUUUAAUUCCUCAAAUCAUUACUGCUAUAAUCGAAGUCUCUGUUGCUUUUGAUAGAUUAAGAAGCUUUUUACUGUGUCACGAGCUGAGUGAUGACUUAAUUGAACAUUUUGACAAAGUUGAUCGUCAAGGUGAUGUUGCUGUGAAAGUUACAAAUGCAACUUUCUACUGGGAAGAACCAAAACCUAAGGAAGAAAAUUAUGAUGAAGAAUCCACUGUUGCUGAAUCAAAAGUUGCGUUAACUUUGGAUUCUUUUGAAGCUAAGAAAGCUGAAUUAACUUGUAUUGUUGGUAGAGUUGGUGCUGGUAAAUCCACAUUUUUACAAUCCUUGUUAGGUCAAUUACCAGUUUCUGGUAUUGAUGGGAAACCACCAUCACUUAAAGUCCACGGUGAUAUUGCUUACUGUGCUCAAGUACCAUGGAUUAUGAAUGCAUCUGUCAAAGAUAAUAUUUUAUUCGGUCAUAAAUUUGAUGAAUCUUUUUAUCAAAAAACUAUUGAUGCUUGUCAGUUAUUGCCAGAUUUGGAAGUUUUACCAGAUGGAGAUGAAACACAAGUUGGUGAAAAAGGUAUUUCAUUGUCAGGAGGUCAAAAGGCUAGAUUGAGUUUGGCCAGAGCGGUUUAUGCUAGAGCGGAUGUUUAUUUGUUGGAUGAUGUUUUAUCAGCUGUUGAUGCACAUGUCGGUAGAAAUAUUAUUACAAAAGUCAUUAAUGGUUUAUUGGCUACCAAGACUAUCAUUUUGGCCACCAAUUCUAUACCUGUUUUGAAUUACGCAGCUAAUAUUAUUCUAUUGACUAAUGGUAAAAUUGUUGAAUCAGGAUCUUUCAAAGAUGUUAUGGGUACAGAAUCUCAAUUAUCCACCUUGUUGAAUGAAUUUGGUGCAAAUUUUGAACUCUCUGCAGCUGAAGCUGAAGCUGAAGAAGCCAAAAUUGAAGCAGAAAGAAGAGGAAGUAUCACCACACUUAGAAGAGCCAGUGUUGCUAGUUUUACUAAAGUCAAAAGAAAUGAAAAGAGUAAAAGAACUGCUCAACAAGAAGAAAAAUCUGCUGAAGGGAAAGUUGCUUUCAGAGUUUACAAAGAAUAUGCCAAAGCAUGUGGACUUUUUGGUGUUUCUGGGUUUAUCCUCUUUUUGAUUCUAGGUGCUUUAUUCUCCAUUUUAGGUAACUACUCAUUGAAGAACUGGUCUGAAAACAAUGAAAAGAAUAAAGCAAAUAAAGAUGUUUUCAAAUAUGUUGGUAUUUAUGCAUUUUUCGGUAUAGGUUCAGGUGUCUUCACUCUGGCAAGAACUAUUGUUUUAUGGGUCUUUAGUGCUCUUAGAGGUUCACGUAUAUUACAUAACAGAAUGGCAAGAGCCGUUGUUAGAUCACCAAUGUCAUUUUUUGAAACAACUCCAAUUGGUAGAGUUAUCAAUAGAUUUUCAACUGAUAUAAAUAGAGUUGAUGAAGGUUUACCAAGAGUUUUCUCAAUGCUAUUCAAUAAUAGUAUUCGUGUUCUCUUUACUUUGGCUUUGAUUGGAGCAACCAUGCCAUCAUUCAUACUGAUUGUUGCUGUUUUAUCUGUUCUUUAUGUUUAUUAUCAAAGAUACUAUAUUGGUACAUCAAGAGAUUUGAAAAGAAUUGUCAAUGUCUCUAGAAGUCCAAUUUUUGCCCAUUUACAAGAAUCUUUAACUGGUUAUGAAACUAUAAGAGCUUAUCAACAAGAACCAAGAUUUCAAUUUAUUCAUCUUAACAAUCUAGCUAUAAACUUGAGAAGUUUAUACGUUUUUAGAUCCAUCAACAGAUGGUUGGCUGUUAGACUUCAAUUCAUUGGUUCUGUUAUAAUUUUUGCUACCGCAUCCUUAGCUAUUCUUCACAAUUUGACACCAGGUAUGGCAGGUCUAGUGAUUAGUUAUGCUUUACAAAUUACUACUUCAUUAAGCUUUAUCGUUAGAAUGACAGUUGAAGCAGAAACUCAAAUCGUUUCUGUUGAAAGAGUCCUAGAUUACUGUGAUUUGAAACCUGAAGCCGAAGAAAUUACAGAUUCGAGACCUCCUACCCAUUGGCCACAGGAGGGUGCUGUUAAUUUUGAUCAUUAUUCUACUAGAUAUAGGGAAAAUUUGGAUCUUGUCUUGAAUGAUGUCACACUUGAUAUUAAACCAAGAGAGAAGAUUGGUAUUGUCGGUAGAACAGGUGCUGGUAAAAGUACAUUAUCAUUAGCGUUAUUUAGAUUGAUCGAACCAGCUUCUGGUAAGAUUUUGAUCGAUAGCGUCAAUACCUCAGAAAUAGGUUUAAAAGAUUUGAGAGGUAACUUAGCAAUUAUUCCACAGGAUUCACAAGCUUUUGAAGGUACAGUGAGACAGAAUUUGGACCCAUUAGGCGAACAAACAGAUGAAGAGUUAUGGAAAGUUCUUGAAUUGUCACACUUGAAGUCAUUUAUUCAAGGUUUAGAUAAAGAUAAGGAAGAUGGAGAACGUGGAUUAGAAGCUAAAGUCUCAGAAGGUGGAUCUAAUUUUUCAGUUGGUCAAAGACAAUUACUAUGUUUAGCCAGGGCUUUGUUAAAUCCAUCAAAAGUCUUAGUACUAGAUGAAGCCACUGCAUCUGUUGAUGUUGAAACAGAUCAAAUUGUUCAAAAGACCAUUAGAGAAGCUUUCAAUGAUCGUACUAUUUUAACAAUUGCUCAUAGAAUUGAUACGGUGUUGGACAGUGAUAAAAUUGUUGUUUUGGAUAAAGGCCAAGUUAAAGAAUUCGAUUCACCACAAAGACUUUUGGAGGAUAAAGAGAGUUUGUUUUACAAAUUAUGUGAACAAGGUGGUUAUAUUGAAAGUGACAAUUAG